CGAACGGCCUGAGUUUAUACGGUAUAAAGGAACUCGCGUUACCCUCUUCUCUGCUGGUCCGUUUCUCACCCAUCUCAUUCACUCACAAGUUCUUCCAAACCAUCGAGUCUCUUCGUAAGCUUCACCGGGGGCAUUUGGGCAGAAACAGAUUGACAAAAUGAGAGGCCCACUGUCGGCCAGUUUGGCCGUGGCCUUGGGGCUCUUCAUGCCUGGGCCUGUGAUGAGCUCCGAGUUUCGGGCACUAGACCAAGUUCCCUUUCCGGUUACCGGCUAUCGGGGCCCCCUUGCGAUUGGAAUUCGUGAACUUCGUGCUCCCCUGGACCCAGACGGUUCGGAUCCCUUUUUGGGCAGCCGCUUUCUGCCAGCCAACCACACGGCUAACCCGGAGCAGUGCACUACCUCUUGCGACACUAUCACUGGCUAUAACAAGGCACAUCCUGCCGCUGAUGGAUCAUACACUUCUUGCAACCUCGUCAUUUCUUACUUAGUUAGUAACAAUGGCGUCUUCGAGGGCAUCCAGUGCGACCUAUACACUCAUGAAUUUGUUCUCCCAUCUUUGACUCUUGGGGAUGGAAACACGAUCGGCUACGCAUACGUGCGCGACCCUAGCCUUUUCACGACUCCAACUGUCUCCGUCAAAAUAAUGGGCACUAUUACUAUUACUAUUUCUUCAACCACGACAAUCACAAGCCCCAGUAUAACUACUCGUUGAGUAACCACGAUGAUAUAGGAAACCUUGGGUUUCUAGCACCUUAUAAAAUAGUC